GGUCGACCGACCAUUUUAUUGAGUCCUCGAUUAUGGAGAAUUCGGUCGUCCAAGACUACGCGAAGGUACUCAGCACGUGUGACCUUUGUCGACGACGCAAAUCUCGAUGCAUAAAAAAACAUCCCAAUGACAUCGCCUGCACUUUCUGCAUGAGCAGAGGCGAAAGCUGCCAUUUCUCAUUCAUCAAGCAGCGAAAGUCUCGCCAAAUCAGACCUGCCUCUCGAGGUAGCUCGAUUGAGCCCGUAGCAACUCCCUGCGCCUUAUCGCAGCUGCCACCAUCGGCAUCUUCAAUCCAAUCCAGUGUGCCCGCAGUACAUGCAAGUCAGCCGUCACCUGAAUCAUCAGAUUCUAACGCGGUUGAAACCACGGAGGCAGAUGGCGUCACUUUCCAGCGGACUAGCAACAAGUACAUCACAAGCUGUGGUCUGGCAUUCUUCUCGGAAAAUAACCUGGCAGAAUUAGCACGGCGGCUAGGCCACGACCGCGUCCGAAUCUUGUUGCAUGAGCUUGGAGCGAGCUCCAGGGCGAAUCAGGCAACCUCCAUCAGCCGUGUUGUCAAGACUCAACCAUUUGAUGCAACGACUGUGCUCCAGCCACUUACAAAUGAAAUGCGAGCCACAUAUAUCGACGCCUUUUUCGCGGAGAUCUACCCGAUUUACCCCUUCUUGGACAAGCAGGCUUUCCAAGAUGCAGCGCUCGGUCCGCUCGCAACGGAAAAACUUCGAAAUGACAAGUCGUGGGCACUUCUGUAUUGCACAAUCUUGAGCUUGGGAAUUCUGGCGCGCGAACAAGGCUCGUUUCAACCAAUGCAAGGCUCAUCGUGGAAGUUGUUCUCCUAUAUUCUGGGGUCAUUUUGCGACGUCUUGUUCGCCAGAAAGUCUCUCCUAAUUGCACAAACACUUACAGCCAUGGCCAUCUUCGCCAUGGUCCAUUCCAGCUGGCCAGUGGAAGAGCUACUGAUCACAGAGGCCGCACGCAUUGCUUUAGCUCUGCAUUUAAACAAGCAGGCACCAAGUCGAAUCGAUUCUGCAGAAAGGCAGAGGACAUUCUGGGUGAUCUAUUGUAUUGAGAAGGAAUAUUGUUUCCAGUCCACGCAAUCUUCAGUGUUUAAUGAUGUCGAUAUCAGCUGCCCGAUCCCUGCGGCCAUCGAUGUAGCCGACAGCGAUGUUGAUUGGCUCCGGGUACAGGUUGACUUGAGCAAAAUAAUCUCGAAUGCUUCUGUAACAUUGUUUUCGGCACUGUCAAGGUCCCGAAGCGCCGAGUCUUGCGAACGCGAAAUCUGUCGCAUCAGGAAUGAUCUUGAAGCAUGGAAAGCAUCUCUACCUGAACACAUCCGACCCGAUUACCCCAUUCGACAACGAUACUUGACCAAACCAUCUUCCCUGUACGCGACAUUACAGACCCAAAUGCUUUACUAUAACCUGCAGAUAGCGAUCUGCAGACUCUUGAUACACGUCAACGUUGACCGACGUUGCAUGGCCGUGGCAGAAAGCAAAUCGAUGCUGAUGAAAACCGCACGGAGGAUCGUUGAGUUAAUGUCGUUUAUUCCAAUCGAGCCUUCAACUUCCAUGAACAUCAUCGGAUUGACACCUAUCGUCGCAACCUUCAUUCUCUUUGACCUGGUCAUCUACAAUCCUGACCAUUCGGAAACCCCGCACAACCUGAUUUUCCUGGAUAUUGCGGCUGGUUAUUUCCAGCGGCUCCACGUUCUCACCGGGUCUUCAAAUAAUGGCCAUCUUAUGGCUGAUAUGACCCGGAUCGCUCGGGAAUAUACGGCCGCAAAAUGCCAGGGCAGAUCAGAGAGUGUUCCUAAUGCCCAAUUACGCCACGGCGGUAUAGGGGCACCGGUUGAUGCGACCGCAUCUGCUGAUCAUGGUAACGUCGACCUUGAACCGCCGAAUAAUCGGGUGUCCAUCCCAGAUUUAACUCAGGAUGCAUUGUCAGAAGCUAAUUAUAUAAACUUGAUGGAUUACCCCGCCGUCGACGCUCUGUACGGGCUCGAUGGGUUUUAUGGCGACGAGUUCAGUAUGGUAUCAAGCAUUCUAGGCCAGCAGCCUCUCUUCAACUUUGCGGAAUCGGAUGACAUGUUCGGAUGACUCGAGUGGCCGAGGGUCAGGUGUUUGAAUUGCGUUCAAUGGUCACCAUAGUAAAGUAUGGCAUUUGUACCAUGUGCAAUUUGCGGACUGUGUAGUAUCAUAUGGGUCUGAAUUCUCAC